UUGAAACCACGCUCCCAGCAGUAAUGCAGUGACUGCCGGACAGUUCACUCGGGAGAAGCCAACUGCUGGCAUCCAUCUAGCGUACUUGUAUACCUACUUCUCUAUCAACACUACAUUGCUGGGUGUGUAAACGAAAAAAAAGUAACAAAAAAGUGAAAGUAACUUGUCCACCGAAACUGCUUUUGGUCCGUACAAAGAUCUGGACCACUUACGCAGUCAUAAAAGAGUAGCAAAUGUAGUACACAUACGCAAUAAUUCGCACGUUUAGUAAUCUCAACCGAUUUUCAUUUGCUAACCCAUCACAAUGACAUACACCACAAUGAGCGUCAUCAAGAAACGCUCCGGACUGUCCAGUUCGACAAUCACCAACAACAAUCUGGCGAAGGCAUCCCAACCGGAAAAGAUCGUCGAGUCGUCCAAAACGAUCAACGAAAUGACCAGAACCCACCCGACGGCCUAUUUGAUAUUCGGGUCGCUGUUGAUGGACUUGCUGGCGUUCACGAUGAUCCUACCGCUGCUGCCGUCGAUGCUGGAGUUCUACAAGCAGAACGAUGUCGGUGGACUCUACGGUUACUUGUCAGACAGUAUUAGCAGUUUUCAGGAGUGGGUUGGUGCGCCGAAACGAUUCAACUCAGUCCUAUUUGGGGGUGCUCUGGGGUCCAUGUUCAGUUUACUGCAGUUCAUCGUGAGUCCAAUUGCCGGGGGACUGUCCGACAUCUACGGCCGAAAGCCGGUAAUGGUUGUUUGUGCUAUUGGCAUCGCUGCAUCGUACGGUUUGUGGGCAUACUCACAUAACUUUUUGCUUUUUGUGCUGGCAAGAUUUGUCGGUGGGUUGAGCAAGGGCAACAUUUCGAUUUGUAUGGCCGUCAUCACGGAUGUGUCCAACCAGCAGAACCGGGGAAAGGCGAUGGCCCUGGUAGGAAUUGCCUUCUCAUUGGGCUUCAUCGUAGGGCCCAUGAUUGGAGCAAUAUUCUCUCGUUAUGCAGACAAAACAAAUGCGCACUGGUUUUGGCUUCCAGCUAUGUUCGCCACGGGUUUGGCGCUGCUUGAUGUUGUUUUCAUUGCAUUAUGCCUAAAAGAGUCCCUUCCGAAGGAAAAGCGUUCGAAGAAGAUCAUCAAUACACUCUCACACACUUUGGAUCACAUCAGCAUUCCAGCUUUGUUCAGAUUUUCUGCAGUGAAGAAUCUCUCCAAGCGUGACAUCACAUCGCUUCGAAGUCUUGGAUUGGUGUAUUUUAUUUAUUUGUUCAUCUACUCCGGGCUGGAGUUCACCGUUACAUUCCUUAUGUACCACAAAUUCAACUAUACGUCGAUUGAUCAGGCCAAAAUGUUCCUGACUACAGGUAUUAUUAUGGCCUUGCUACAAGGUUCAGUCGUCAGGAGGCUACCACAGCGCCUUACACAAAUUUCGGCUGUAGUUGGAUUGUAUUUAAUCAUACCUGCAUUCAUCAUCGUAGGAAUUGCUGAGUCAACGCAAAUGCUCUAUCUGGGCAUGAUUCUAUUUGCAAUUUCUACCGCUUUUGUAGUGACUUGCAUGACGACACUCACUUCCAAAUACGGAGACUUCCAUCAAAAAGGCACAGUUUUGGGAGUAUUUCGUUCGCUUGGUGCUUUAGCCCGGGCUCUUGGUCCGAUUGUGGCCUCGAUUGCAUUUUGGAGUAUAGGUUCUAGGAUUACGUACGUCGUGGGAGGAAUCCUGCUGGUGUGUCCUACGUUGAUGAUGCAAGUACUUAAGCUGUCUUGAGUUAGUUGUUGUAUUUAAUGCAAAAUUUGUUAUGUUACGUCCAUUGAUAAGUCUUAUUUAAUACUCUUUAUACACAGUAUUUUUCGAGUAUUGUAAUUCCGUGUUGCUUUACGACACAGUAGAAAUAUAAGCAAUUUCCAAAAGAA